CCAACGGCGGUUUUUCGCUCAGAAGUCAGAUUUGUUUUAUUUGAACUCCUACAGAUUUUUUUCCUUUUUUAUAUCGUAUUUUAAUUGUUUAAAAAUGGUUAAUCAAUGUGUAAUCCGUGCAUGUAAAAUAAAAGCAAAUAAAGAGAUUAUCAUGCAUGGCUUUCCUAAAAAUCAUGAAAUGCUCUUUAAAUGGAAAAAUGCGAUAUGGAUGUUUCAACCAGAUUUUCUUCCGACAACACAUACAAAGAUAUGCAGUAGUCAUUUUCUGGAAUCUGACUAUAAUUUGAGUUAUCUGGGGAAAAAAGUAUUAAAAAAAGAUGCUGUGCCAAGUGUAUUUAAACCAGAAGUUUGUAAGACAUUAUUUAAUGUUGAAAUGGUCGAAGUCUUUGAUGACGAAGAAGGAAGAAAUUUACAAAACAUGCCAAUUUCAGGCUAUAAUAUCAGGGACGAUCAUAAUUAUUCAUUAAUCAAUGUUACUGAAGAUAAAACCAUUAAUUUUGAUACACAUGAUUCAUGUAAAGACAAAGAAUUUUUGCCUAGUCCUCAAAAUAUGCAGUUAAAUUCAAUUAAUAUGAAUGAUGUGGACGAUGAAAAUAUCCAAAAAUGUGACUCGUGUAAAACGGUGGUGUCUGAAUCUGAUGAAGAGGUUGUGCCAAAUGAACCUAGCACAAGUCACUCAUUAAUAACACCUUAUAAACCUAAGAAACGUAAAACUUUUGUUGGCGACUUUAAAUCUUUUGAUGAAUUGGAGAGUCCAAAUUCUCGUUUGAAGUUUUGGCAUGCCUCUAAUAACACAAUUAAAAAUCAACAACAUACAAUUAAAAAUCUUAGGAAGCAAAACUAUUGUUUAAAUAAAAAAAUUAAAAUUUUGGAUCAGUUAAUUAGACAACUCAAAAACCGAAAAGAAACUUGAUGAUAUUGUUUGUCAUUACUCAAGUAAUUGCUCAGACAGACUCAAAGAAUUUUAUGUAAUCCUGACAUUCGACCAUAAAUGUAAGUGUCAUUUGAUUGAUACAAGUAUGAUAAUAGAAAAUAGUCGAUUCAAACAUCUACUAGCGACAUACCUACGGCUAAUAUUAGUACAGUAAGCACUUCAAAUAGGUUCAGUUAUAAAGAAACCGUGUACUUCAAACAGAGAAGAACAAAAAAAAAGUUUAAAGAUCGAAACUCUAAAAACUUCUACUAACAAACACACUUGAAUCGAAUACGGCCGCUAUGAAUAUGAUGUCUACUUACAUGUAAAUUUGAAUUAGUGUUACAUGAGUGCAUACAUACCAAUGAGAGACCUUACGAAUGCACUGCAUGCGUAAGAGAAUGUUUAGGCAUAGUUCUGAUUUGAAGAGUCAUGCAGUGCAUUCGUAUAUGGUCUCUUAUUAGUAUACCUUACGAAUGUGCACUGCAUGCUAAAGAACAUUUAUCCACGGCUCUGCUCUAAAGAGAGUCAUAAGCAUACCAACAGACCGUACAGAAACUAUAAAAAGGGUUCAUUUAGUAUCAUUUAGCUAUAGGUCAUCUUUAAUAAGCACAUAACACAUAACCUUACCUAACCUAAGGACAUUUAAACCUUAGGUACCUAAUCGUUAAUAAUCUGCUUAUAGUUUUUUGAUAUUUAUAUGAAAACUCUAAACAGCUACUUUAAUUAAUAUUUUCCUUCUGACAAAAUGUAAUGGGUUCAGCUGAAUGUCUUUAUAUAAAAUAUUUAACAUAGUUAUGUUUAUCAGCAAUAUUCAGUGAUGUAAAUAUCGACUGCCACAGCGAAGAAAGUCGUAACUUGAUUUUUAUCAAUUUGGAGUGGAUAACAAAAAAGGAAUAGUCCUUACUUUUCUCUAUCUAUGACAAAAGUUAUUUAAAAAAAAACCAUAACAAUAAGCAAUCAAAAUUGAAAUUUUGUGUUUGGCCCUUCUCAAAAGUUACAAAAAUCAAGUUAUCGACUUUCUUCGUUGCGACAUUCGAUAUGUAUGCUUCCCCAGAGUUUUUUUUUAUUUAUUAUUAUAUUACUAAUUAUUUAUUUAUUAAAUAGAAAAAUAUUCUUGUAAACUAACAACAUAAAAGUAUUGUACUAAGUGUUAUAUAAAAAAAAAAAGUACCAGCACAGUUAACCUACUUUAAAAUACAUAU